AUGGAUCUCGCAACCUCCCCCACGCGUCCCCCCCUGCCUCGCCCCCUCCCUCGUCCCCUUGUGGCCGCGUUUCUCGCCGCGUUUCGCGGCUUCUGGGCCAUCGCACGAUCUUCCGCCUGCUCUCGUAAGGUCCUCUGUCUGCUCGUUUUGUACCUCUGUCUUAGCCACAUUGCCGCCGCCGACGCUAUCGCCUCUUCCUCCCUGUUUUCCUCCCUAUUCUUCUCGAGCCGCUCAGCUGUCUGGUGUUCCUCCUCUGCUCCUCCUUGUGCGUGCAGGUCGUGGUUCGAUGACGGGCAAGCGCCAACCCUCCUCCCGGGCGGACCGCCCGGCUGGCCCUCCUAUUGCUCCCAGCCUCUCAAAGGCCCCAGACGGGCUGGCGCCAGCCCUGCUCCAAGCCGCCGCGGCCCUGGUCGAGCGCGAGGGGGCCGGAUCUCCCUCCCGUCGUCGAGAGUCCGUCUAUCACUCCCCUCGCGGGCGGACGCAUCCACAUCUCCGGGCCCGGGGUGGCUCAUUCCGUCGUCGUCCCUGCCUCGGCAUCCUCCUACUGUCCAGCGGGAGAUCAUCGGGCCCUUGCUUCGGACGCGCGGUCACCAUCUCCCGGGCGCAGGGCCGUCAAGCCUGCCGUCUGCCUCUCUCCCAUCGUCUCAGCAACUGUCAUCAGUCCCCGCCGAGUCGUCUCCCUUGGCGUCGCCACCCCCUCCUGCCCCAUCGAUGUCACCCUUGUCCGACUUUGUCCUUGACGUCCUCCACUGGGAGCGUCGCAUGAUCGGCGUCGGCGAGUACCUCUCUUACGUGGCGACGGAGUUGGAGCAGCUGCACGCUGGUUUGGAGGCACAAAACUCCAUGCUGCGGGAUCCGUAG